GGCGAGUAGCAGCUAACCCCUACCCACAGGGGACAAAACUCCUCAUUCACUAUGCUCAACCUGCAGCAGGAGACGCCGAGACACCAUCAGCUGGAGCUGAACAGUUGGAGGUGGCUGAAGGCCAUUGGAGACUGUUGGAGGCGGUUGGAGACUGUUGGAGGCGAUUGGAGGUGGUUGGACACUGUCGGAGGCUGUUGGAGACUGUUGGAGGCUGUUGGACACUGUGGGAGGUGGUUGGAGACUGUUGGAGGUGGUUGGAGACUGUUGGAGGUGGUUGGAGACUGUUGGAGGUGGUUGGAGGCUGUAGGAGGUGGUUGGAGACUGUUGGAGGUGGUUGGAGACUGUUGGAGGUGGUUGGAGACUGUUGGAGGUGGAUGGAGACUGUUGGAGACUGUUGGAGGCGGUUGGAGACUGUUGGAGGUGGUUGGAGGAGGCUGGAGACUGUUGGAGGUGGCUGGAGGAGGCUGGAGACUGUUGGAGGUGGUUGGAGACUGUUGGAGGCGGUUGGAGGCUGUUGGAGGCUGUUGGAGGCUGUUGGAAGCGGUUGGAGACUGUUGGAGGUGGCUGGAGACUGUUGGAGGCGAUUGGAGGUGGUUGGAGACUGUCGGAGGCUGUUGGAGACUGUUUAAGGUGGUUGGAGACUGUUGGAGGUGGUUGGAGACUGUUGGAGGCUGUUGGAGGCUGUUGGACACUGUGGGAGGUGGUUGGAGGCUGUUGGAGGUGGUUGGAGACUGUUGGAGGUGGUUGGAGACUGUUGGAGGCUGUUGGAGGUGGUUGGAGACUGUUGUAGGUGGUUGGAUACUGUUGGAGGUGGUUGGAGACUGUUGGAGGCGGUUGGAGACUGUUGGAGGCGGUUGGAGACUGUUGGAGGCGGUUGGAGACUGUUGGAGGCGGUUGGAGACUGUUGGAGGCUGUUGGAGACUGUUGGAGGCGGUUGGAGACUGUUGGAGGCGGUUGGAGACUGUUGGAGGCGGUUGGAGGCGGUUGGAGGCUGUUGGAGACUGUUGGAGGCGGUUGGAGGCUGUUGGAGGCGGUUGGAGGCUGUUGGAGGCUGUUGGAGACUGUUGGAGGCUGUUGGAGACUGUUGGAGGCGGUUGGAGACUGUUGGAGGCGGUAGGAGACUGUUGGAGACUGUUGGAGGCGGUUGGAGACUGUUGGAGGCGGUUGGAGACUGUUGGAGGUGGUUGGAGACUGUUGGAGGCUGUUGGAGGUGGUUGGAGACUGUUGGAGGCUGUUGGAGGGUGUUGGAGGCGGUUGGAGGGUGUUGGAGGCGUUUCAGACGCUGUGUUGGUCUGAUCAGCCUCCAUCUGCGGCUCAGAUGGAGUUUCAGGACUGAGAUUCUCAAGUUGGGUGUUUCUUCAGAUCUUCCUGUUAGAUAAAACUGAUGGAACAUUUUGACUUCUCCACAUUGACCCCUGCUGGUAGAACCGGACUUCUACAGUUUUAUUCUCUGCUCCAGCUGCAGCAGAUCAGUCAUUUCAGUCACUAAAUUUGCCAACAUUUAUCACAGAUUAAUGUUCUUGGUGCCAAAUUAUACAUGGACCCAUCAAAAUAAUAUUUACUAUCAUCUUUUGAUUUUCCAAGAUGGAUGUCAUGGUUCUAGAGAAUUUAUUUGCACUAAAGCUAGCAGUACUGUAGUUAUUGCUAAAGACUAACAGUUAACCACAUGUUAUGGUCACUAUUAGUGCUAAUUAUAAUGCUAAUCACAUAAAAAAUAAUGAGCAGAAGCUAAUGCUAAACUGCAAAAUGUGUCCAAAAUUUAGUGAAAGUUAAUGUUAGACUGCAAAGCAUACAGAAAUAGCAAAAGCUAAAUCUGAAUUGCUAAACAUAGACAAUUAGCAGAAGCUAAUGCUAACAUCAAGCUGACUGUCUCCUUCCAGUUGACAAAUGGAACAAAGUUCUGAUACAUUUUAUUACUUUAAGGCUUAUAAACUGGAUGAGCCGAAAAAAUAAGAUGAGACAUAAAAUUCAUCCUAGUCAUGAAAACGGAAAACAUUUUAUUCCAAUAAGUUAAAAAGGCUCAAAAAUGGCAGCCAUCUUGAAAAAUGGCCAUCAUCCUGAAAUUCAAGUGUCUGAUGGGAAAAAUUAAAAACAUGUUUAAUGCUUACUGAUGUAGCCACAGUGACAGAUUCAGAUUCUUCUGAGUUUCAUUUCUACCAGAUUUAUUCAGUAAAACCUUCCCAGAACCAGUCCAGGUCCAGGAGAGGUUCUGGCUGUUUACAGCUGAUUGUUUUGGACAGUUUCUCAUCUCCAGUGAGGAAGAGGAGGAGGAGGAGCACGAGGAGGAGGAGGAAGCAGCGUCUCGUUUCUGGGCUCUAACCAGGUCGAGGUUCUGCUUCUUGUCUUCACGUCGCCUUCUGGUUCUGCUGGUUCUGUGGGCCUGGAGAGAUUUUCCUCCUUUGAAGAUGAAAACUUCCUGGAACUUUGUGGAGAUUCUGAUUUAAAGCGUUUUGCUCUUCGUCUGACGGUAGGUUCCUCCUCUUCCUCCUCCGGCAGCCUGAUGACCGACUGCAUGAAGCUGCUUGUGCCUCAGUCACUGCAGAGGUCAGAGAUGACGAUUUCAGCCUUAAUGUUUCUCAUUAACCGUGAAACCAGAUCUGACCAGAACCUCACCGCCAGUCCUCCUGUGGUUCUGAUGCACCUUAACCAGCAGGUAUCCAUGGCAACCUGCAGGGUGGUGACCCAGGUGACCUCACUAACCGCUCCCCACAGC